UGUAGGACUUUAAGAUAAUAUCAAAUCACUUUGAUCAAAUUUUCCAACUCCAUCUCUUUCUCACAGUCUCACUGCUCAAAUCUGUUUGAUCAAACAUGGCCACCAUAACGACUCUAACAAAAUCUGUGACUCAGCACUGCAUGAAGAAAUCCAAAACCUAUUGGUAUAAACCUUCUCAUCCAUUGCUAAACUUGUUAGUUUCAGAAGAAAAUUUGAACCAACUUCAUCAGUACCGGAGCCGUAGAACUCUCAUUCUGGAAUCCGCUUCCUCUGAAUCGGUCAAACUUCAGCGACUCUCCGACUCUGAUUCUGGAAUUAUUGAGGUUAGUUUAAACAGGCCUGGAGCUAGAAAUGCGAUUGGAACGGACCUAUUGAGAGGCCUAAAGCAUACAUUUGAAACUAUUAGUGAGGAUUCUUCUGCUAAUGUUGUAAUGAUUUCUAGUUCGGUACCUAAAGUGUUCUGUGCUGGUGCUGAUUUGAAGGAACGCAGGGCAAUGAGUGCAUCUGAGAUUCAUUUUUUUGUCAACUCUCUGCGAUCCACCUUCUCAUACUUAGAGGCACUUCCUGUUCCUACCAUUGCUGUCAUUGAAGGAGCGGCAUUGGGUGGGGGACUUGAAAUGGCUCUAGCAUGUGAUCUUCGCGUCUGUGGAGAAGAUGCAGUAUUGGGUUUGCCUGAAACAGGACUUGCUAUAAUUCCUGGAGCAGGUGGGACACAGCGGCUGCCUAGAUUGGUUGGAAGGUCAGUAGCAAAGGAUCUUAUAUUUACUGGUCGGAAAGUUGGUGGCAGAGAUGCAAUGUCUAUAGGUCUUGUCAAUUACUGUGCUCCUGCUGGUCAAGCUCAGUUGAAGGCGCUUGAAAUUGCACGGGAAAUCAAUCAGAAGGGUCCGAUAGCAAUUAGGAUGGCAAAAAAGGCUAUUAGUGAGGGAGUUGAGAUUGAUAGGGCAUCAGCUUUGCAACUGGAAGAAGAGUGCUACCUAGAGACCUUAGAUACGAAGGAUCGGUUGGAGGGGUUGGCAGCAUUUGCUGAGAAGCGGAAACCUAGUUAUUCUGGAAUAUAGAAAGAGAAUGUUUUAACAAUUAUUGGGCAUGUCGGCAUUACUCUUGUUAAUAAUAAUGUGUGCCCAAAAAUCAGCACGCAUGUUAGACAGGCAUCAGAUGUAAAAUGGUAACAAUAAUGGUAACUUAUAUCAACAUUUCAUGCUAUAGUUAAUGGUGGUUGGAUGUUGCAAUGGUUGUUUGGUUCA